AUGGAGGAUGAAGCUGUCCUGGACAGAGGGGCUUCUUUCCUUAAGCAUGUGUGUGAUGAAGAAGAAGUAGAAGGCCACCACACCAUCUACAUUGGGGUCCACGUGCCGAAGAGCUACAGGAGAAGGAGACGUCACAAGAAAAAGACGGGACACAAAGAAAAGAAGGAAAAGGAGAGAGUCUCUGAGAACUACUCAGACAAGUCUGAUGUGGAGAACGCCGACGAGUCCGGCAGCAGCAUCCUCAAGCCACUCAUCUCGCCUGCCGCAGAGCGAAUCCGAUUCAUCUUGGGCGAGGAGGAUGACAGCCCAGCACCCCCUCAGCUCUUCACCGAACUGGACGAGCUGCUGUCCGUGGACGGGCAGGAGAUGGAAUGGAAGGAGACCGCGAGGUGGAUUAAGUUUGAAGAAAAAGUGGAAGCAGGUGGGGAGAGAUGGAGCAAGCCCCACGUGGCCACAUUAUCCCUUCACAGCUUAUUUGAGCUGAGGACAUGUAUGGAGAAAGGAUCCAUCAUGCUUGACAGGGAAGCUUCUUCUCUCCCACAGUUGGUGGAUAUGAUUGUUGACCAUCAGAUUGAGACGGGCCUUUUGAAGCCUGACCUUAAGGAUAAGGUGACCUAUACUUUGCUCCGGAAGCAUCGGCAUCAAACCAAGAAGUCCAACCUCCGGUCCCUGGCUGAUAUUGGGAAGACGGUCUCCAGUGCAAGUAGAAUGUUUGCCAGCCCUGAUAAUGGUAGCCCAGCCCUGACCCAUAGGAAUCUGACUUCUGCCAGUCUGAAUGACAUUUCUGAUAAACCUGAGAAGGACCAGCUGAAGAACAAGUUCAUGAAAAAACUGCCCCGUGAUGCAGAAGCCUCCAACGUGCUUGUUGGGGAGGUCGACUUCUUGGAUGCGCCUUUCGUCGCCUUUGUUCGGCUGCAGCAGGCGGUCAUGCUGGGAGCCCUGACUGAGGUCCCUGUGCCCACCAGGUUCUUAUUCAUUCUCCUAGGUCCUAAGGGGAAAGCCAAGUCCUACCAUGAGAUUGGCAGAGCCAUUGCCACCUUGAUGUCUGACGAGGUGUUCCAUGACAUUGCUUAUAAAGCAAAAGACAGGCAGGACCUGAUUGCCGGCAUUGAUGAGUUCCUAGAUGAAGUCAUUGUCCUUCCCCCUGGGGAAUGGGAUCCAGACAUCAGGAUAGAGCCUCCUAAGAGUCUUCCAUCGUCUGACAAAAGAAAGAACAUGUACUCGGGUGGAGAGAAUGUUCAGAUGAAUGGGGACACUCCCUAUGAUGGUGGCCUUGGAGGAGGAGGAGGAGGACAUGGGGACAGUGAAGAAUUGAAGAAAACUGGACGGUUCUGUGGCGGACUAAUUAAGGACAUAAAGAGGAAAGCACCAUUUUUUGCCAGUGAUUUUUAUGAUGCUUUAAAUAUUCAGGCUCUAUCAGCAACUCUCUUCAUUUAUCUGGCGACUGUAACUAAUGCGAUCACGUUCGGAGGACUGCUUGGGGAUGCCACUGACAACAUGCAGGGCGUGUUGGAGAGCUUCCUGGGCACAGCCGUCUCUGGAGCCAUCUUCUGCCUCUUCGCUGGUCAGCCGCUCACCAUUCUGAGCAGCACGGGGCCUGUUCUGGUGUUUGAGAGGCUUCUAUUUAAUUUCAGCAAGGACCAUGGUUUUGACUAUUUGGAGUUUCGCUUGUGGAUUGGCCUGUGGUCAGCCUUUCUGUGCUUCAUUUUGGUGGCCACCGAUGCCAGCUUCUUGGUUCAGUACUUUACUCGCUUCACUGAGGAGGGCUUCUCUUCUCUGAUUAGCUUCAUCUUUAUCUACGAUGCUUUCAAGAAGAUGAUCAAGCUAGCCGAUUACUACCCCAUCAACUCUGACUUCAGAGUGGGCUACAAUACUCACUUCUCCUGUGCCUGUAUGCCGCCUGACCCAGUUAAUAUCUCAGUAUCUAAUGACACCACAUUGGCGCCAGAGGAAUUGCCAUCUAUGUUUCCUACAGACUUGUACGACAACGCUACCUUUGACUGGGCACUUUUGUCGAAGAAGGAGUGUUUGAAAUAUGGAGGCCAACUUGUGGGGAGCAACUGCGAUUUUGUUCCCGAUGUCACACUCAUGUCUUUCAUCCUCUUCUUGGGCACCUACACCUCUUCCAUGGCCCUGAAAAAAUUCAAAACCAGUCGUUAUUUUCCAACGAUGGCAAGAAAACUGAUCAGCGAUUUUGCCAUCAUCUUGUCCAUUCUCAUCUUUUGUGUAACAGAUGCCCUGGUAGGUGUGGAUACUCCAAAACUUAUUGUGCCAAGUGAGUUCAAGCCAACAAGUCCAAACCGCGGUUGGUUUGUCCCGCCAUUUGGAAAAAACCCCUGGUGGGUGUCCCUGGCGGCUGUUAUCCCCGCUUUGUUGGUCACCAUUCUCAUUUUCAUGGACCAGCAAAUCACAGCUGUGAUUGUAAACAGGAAGGAGCAUAAACUCAAGAAAGGAGCUGGCUAUCACCUGGACCUCUUUUGGGUGGCCAUCCUCAUGGUGGUGUGCUCCUUCAUGGCGCUCCCAUGGUACGUGGCUGCCACCGUCAUCUCCAUUGCUCACAUCGACAGUCUGAAGAUGGAGACGGAGACCUCUGCCCCUGGAGAGCAGCCCAAGUUCCUUGGAGUGAGGGAACAAAGAGUCACUGGAACCCUUGUGUUUAUUCUGACUGGUCUGUCAGUCUUUAUGGCUCCCAUCUUGAAGUUUAUUCCCAUGCCUGUACUCUAUGGCGUGUUCCUGUAUAUGGGGGUAGCAUCCCUUAAUGGUGUCCAGUUCAUGGAUCGCCUGAAGCUGCUCCUGAUGCCUCUGAAGCAUCAGCCUGACUUUAUCUACCUGCGCCACGUCCCGCUGCGCAGAGUCCACCUGUUCACCUUCCUGCAGGUGCUGUGCCUCGCCCUGCUCUGGAUCCUCAAGUCAACCGUGGCUGCUAUCAUUUUCCCAGUCAUGAUCUUGGCACUGGUAGCUGUCAGAAAAGGCAUGGACUACCUCUUCUCCCAGCACGACCUCAGCUUCCUCGAUGAUGUCAUUCCAGAAAAGGACAAGAAAAAGAAGGAAGAUGAGAAGAGAAAGAAAAAGAAGAAAGGAAGUCUGGAUAGUGACAUUGAUGAUUCUGACUGCCCAUACUCAGAAAAAGUUCCAAGUAUUAAAAUUCCAAUGGACAUCAUGGAACAGCAACCUUUCCUAAGUGAUAGCAAACCUUCCGACAGAGAAAGAUCACCAACAUUCCUUGAACACCACACAUCAUGCUGA